GGAACGAACACAUCGUAGAACCUGGUUUACUCGGCCGGCCAUCUGUCCAUCGCAAGGUACACCGCUGUUAACUCCUUGGGACAUCAUCUGUCUUGUGUGGUCUUUCGUAGGGUCGCUCACUCGUGGCAAACAGACGAGGGCGUAGCGGUGUAGGUUUCAUCCGUUCUCAUGCUAAUGGCAACCCACAUCAGCCCCGGAACGGCUUUUAUCCCCCCUCCUAGGGUAUACAAUAUGAGGGCUUGAUCAUAUAUCAUAUACACGGGUGACAGCGAAGCCAUGGUUCCAGGUGCUCUUACGAUUCAAUCCGCAAUACGCCUGACUUCAGGUUAUUUUAUACCUCAUUUGGGAUUCGGCGUGGGCUACGGAUACGGAGGCGCAUUUGUCGAUCCCCGAAGCGCUACAAAGCCAUGCGUUCUCGAAGCUUUUAAAGUCGGCUACAGGUUAAUUGACACGGCUCAAGUGUACGCGAAUGAAGCAGAAGUCGGUCAGGCUUUCCGUGAGAGUGGUUUGAAGAGAGAAGAGGUCUUCCUGAGUACUAAAAUAUACAGCGCGUCCCAUGGGUAUGAGAGCACCCUAAGUGCGGUUGAUGCCUCCUUAAACAGAAUGGGCCUAGAUUACGUCGAUCUUUUCCUCAUCCAUGAUGCUUCCUCCGGAAAGAAGCGGCGACUUGACACCUACAGAGCGCUUCUUGAUGCAAGAAACCUGGGCAAGAUCAAAAGCGUCGGCGUCUCUAACUACGGGGUCAAGCAUUUGGAAGAGAUCAAGGAAGCAGGGUUCGACAUGCCCGUCGUCAAUCAGAUUGAGUUGCACCCUUUCUGCCAGCAGAAAGACAUCGUGUCUUACUGCCAGGAACAUUCCAUCGCAAUUGAAGCGUAUUGUCCAAUUUUGCGUGGCGAUAUGGACCAUCCGGUUAUCAAUGAAUUGGCCAAGCAGUACAACCGCGACCGGGCGCAGAUCCUCUUACGCUGGUCUCUCCAACGAGGUUUCACCCCAUUGCCAAGGUCGUCCAAGCCCGAGCGCAUCCGGUCAAACGCGCAGAUCUUCGACUUUGAGCUGAGUGAGGAUGAUAUGGAGAAGUUGAACGCGCUGGAUCGAGGGAAGGCGGGUUCCAUUAGCUGGAACCCGGUUGAUGUCCCUUAAUGGAUUGCAACAAUGCUGUGGUAUAGGUUUGCUGUACGUGAAUUGUAUGGACGGUACUGUGGC